CCACCUUCGUGCGCCUCCGAUAACGAACCUAGCCCGCCGACGAUAAGCCUUUGCCGGAAGGACGAGGCCCGUAGUACGCAGCUAUCGAGGAAUCCCGACAGACGCGCCGUCGACUAGCCCACGCUUGUUUCCUGCAUAGGUAUAUCCGCGCCAGCGGCUCUGCCCCUCAUCUGAGGAACUUCUAUUCCGCCACGUAAUGGAACAGCCCGAACUCUCGACCCCCGCCGAUACACCGAUCGCUGUUCCACCCCCGACCGCCGACCGUGCUGCCGAUCUCGCCGAAGUCGAGUCGAGUCAAUCAAACAGACUCGACCCUCUUUCCAAAGUGUCCAACUCCGUCCCCUCUCUCCGCUUUCCCCGACCGCUGGGCAACCGGCAGCUCACCAACUGGAUUUCCUCAAGCUCUCCCGCCAUCAUGCAGCCCGAGAACAACAUCAUCGACGAUGACCCUAACCUGGCCGAGCUGGGCUACGAUGUCAUCGGUACCGAUGGAGAGAGCCAGGCUGAGUCCACGGCUAGCUCCUUUGACUACCAGAGACCCGAUGACGUCCAGAGCCUAGCCGGCACUGAUACCGGCACCGAUGUCGACACUAAUGAGGCCGAUUCCGACUCCUCUGACGACGACGAAGGAGAGGACGCAGCCACGCUGAACAACACGGCUGCAGCUAGCAUCAUCAGCAGUACCGUAGUGGAAUACGAUGGCCAGUCUGGCGGGGAGGAUGACGACAUCGAGAGUCCCGCGAACCAGAGCCUUGAGAACCCCACAGACGUCUCCCAGCACGGGCUUCCGCGCCUAAUCCCCGAGGACCGGGACCUGACAUGGAAAGCCACGGCGGACUUGCAGCAGCGGUCCAGCCACGAUAACGGUCCGAAUGAAGAAAAGACUGCGGUGUCGCUACCUCCGCCGAGCUACGACUUGAGGGAUACCGUCUUAGAAAGCUACCAUGUAGCGCUCGGAUACAUCCGGCGGAACCGCCGUAUCAUCGGCGCUCUGUCUGGACUUGCCCUUCUCUACAGCCUCGCCAUCGUCGGCAAGUACUUUGUAUUUACCCCACCCGCCCCGAAGGUCAUAUCUACAGUUCCGGUGGCCGCAGUCUCUUCUGCCGCGGUACCCUCUCCUGUGGGAACCUCUUUAUCUAUCUCUGCACCCACAUCGACUUGGGUGCCCGCCCAGACGCACAAUGCGUUGCAGACGGGCAACCCCUCCAAUAGCCUAGCCUUCAUGACAUUCGGGAGAGAGAGGACGCAGACAAGUCUUAUCCCGCUAGCCCAGCCACAGACUAUCUGCUCGGCGGAGCUGUAUGACCGCAACGAGAUCGUGGUCAAGAUCCCCCUAGAUAUCAAAUCCACCUGGCUCGCCAGGGACGCUAUUCUAAUCGCCGUGAGCCGUGGUCUCUACGAUAUUCCGACUAAGGUUUCGUCUGUGGACGAGGGUUUUCUCAUAGAGGUACCGCAGGGCGAGGCACACGGCAUCUUGGCCAUCUCCAUUGCGACGACGCGUAAGCCCAAGGUUCAGGAGACCUUCCAUGUCAAUUUUGGCAGGAGCAAGUUCACGGGCGCCCUGGAUGCUGGGAAGCAGCUUGUCAGGGGGUUCGCGCAGAAGUUUGUCGACACCGUCAACGAGACGACGGCAUGGGUUGAAGAGACCUACAUUCCGGCCCUAGACGUCAUGUCGAAACAGGUCUGCAUCCAAACCUCAUCUGUAUCCGGCUCCUUGCUACAGGCGUUCAGGGAAGCUUCCAACGCUGCCCUCGAUCUCCCGACGCGCCUCACCUCUCAGCUUACCGCUCAUAUCAAGCAGUCGCUCGACCGCGAUAGCCUGGCCCAUCGCCACCGCCAGACCCGGCUACAGUUGACGCGGGAAGCCCAGGACCUCGGCGACGAGCUAGCCCUGCGGUACCUUUCGGCACAGCUGAGCUCCAAGCUCUGGUGGCUGCGGAUACAAGGAAAGACCGAGGAGUACCAGCGCUACCUAUCCAAAGCUGAGGCCUACCUCAGGGAGAAGGUUGCGGACGCCAAGGCUGCCCGACUCGAGAGGGCCGAGCAUGUCAAGAAGCAGAUACGAUCUCAGCAGACGCACGAGCGUCGCGAAACAAGAAGUUCCUUCUGGGGUAAGGCUCGGGCUUGAUUCGGCGAAAGCCUGGGUAAGAAUUUACAACAUGGUCGGCUAGGAUGGACUGAGUGGCAGGACGGCGUUUGGUAUUGGUG